CAAAUAUCAGAGGCCCUCGCAGUCGCUUAGUAGUGACGUGCGACGCAGUAGGCGGUGAGGACGUGUGCGCCCUUCCUCCUUCCUCUUUCUCGACUCCAUCUUCGCGGUAGCGGUAGCGGCCGCAGUUCAGUCGCCGACAUGCAGCUCUUUGUUCGCGCCCAAGAUCUACACACCCUCGAGGUGACCGGCCAGGAGACUGUCUCCCAGAUCAAGGCCCACGUCGCCUCGCUAGAGGGCAUCGCUCCAGAAGAUCAAGUCGUGCUCCUGGCAGGCACGCCCCUGGAGGAUGAGGCUACCCUGGGCCAGUGUGGGGUGGAGGCUCUGACCACUCUGGAAGUAGCUGGCCGCAUGCUGGGAGGUAAAGUCCAUGGUUCCUUGGCCCGUGCUGGGAAAGUAAGAGGUCAGACUCCCAAGGUGGCCAAACAGGAGAAGAAGAAGAAGAAGACUGGCCGAGCCAAGCGGCGGAUGCAGUACAACCGGCGUUUUGUCAAUGUUGUGCCCACCUUUGGCAAGAAGAAGGGCCCCAAUGCCAACUCUUAAGUCCUUUGUGAUCCUGGCUUUCUCCAAUAAAGCCACAUAGCCCAGUCA